AUGGACUUUACAGAGCUCUACAGGCACUCCGCAGCGCUCGUCGCAUUCAGUCCAGGCGCACACUUUAUCCUGACCGCCGUUCAGGACAGAGUUAUUGUGCGCAGGACAGACACCUUUCAGAUCACUCGCACUUGGCUUGUUGACCCCGCUCCGUCUCCAACUCAGGCCGCCCUUUUUCCCAGAUCCGGAUCCAAGCAGAAACCUCAGACCACCCAUCUGCCCACUACUUCUUCCGACGCGUGGAUUACUCAUCUAGGAUGGUCCUGUGACUCUGAAUAUAUCCUCGCUGCCUGCGCAAAACGAGGCGUCGUUCACCUCCUGAAGCUACGAGACGAGGAAUGGACAGGCCGAAUCGACUCAGGAGCUGAAGGUCUGGUGAAGGCUGAAUGGGCACCAGAUGGACGCACAGUGGUCUGUUUCUCUGACUGGGGUUUAAGGGUGACACUGUGGUCAAUAGUGACCGGAACGGCGACUUAUAUCCAAUUCCCUAUCCAUCCGGAUAAAGGAUAUGCUUUUCGCUCUGAUGGCCACUAUUUUGUCCUUGCCGAGAGACACAAAUCAAAGGACACCUUCGGUGUCUACAAUGCGUCGGAGGGUUACCAACUUGUUCGACACUUCCCUCUACCUACGUCAUCAUUAGCGUCUUUUUCUCUCUCUCCCACAGGAAGUCAUGUUGCCGUCUGGGAAGGGGUUAUGGAGUACAAGUUACAUGUGUUAAGUCUCGCCGGGGAUCAUUUAACAACAUACACCCCUCAGUUAGACCCAGGAUUCGGCAUUCGUCAUGUGGCGUGGCAUCCAGGUGGAAUGUUUCUCGCUGUGGCUGGUUGGGAUGACAAAAUUCACAUCUUAGAUAGUCUGAGUUGGUCAGAGGUCGCGACAUUCGAGAUGCCGACUCGUCUAACAUCGCAUGUCAACAUUUGGCGAGAGCCAGCGAAAUGGUUAGAAGCUACAGAAGGUCGCGGAUUUUUAUCCUAUGAUCGAUUGCAACCUCCUCAUAUUCUGAGUCCAAUUCGUGCCGACAUAACGAAGCCAAAUCCCAAAAGUGGAGUCUGCCAACUGGAUUGGAACCUCACUGGCAGUUUCCUGCUGGUUCGCUUCGAGAAUUUACCGACGGCAGUCUACAUCUAUAACUUCCCUUCACCUGGUGAAACUUCGAUGCCGAAGUUAAGGACAGUCUUGCUGCACACGCAGCCAGUUCUGCGCGCGAAAUGGAACCCUGCACGGAAAGGUCACUUAGCCCUCUGCUGUGGGUUGCAAAGUGUUUACACCUGGAGCGAUGAAUGGAUCGGAGAGUUGGGAGAACCAGAGGAGAUGGCUGAAUGCAUUGGCGUACCUGCGAAAAAAUUCGAAACGAAGGACUUUUCCUGGGCUCCUGAUGGAAAAGGUUUUAUUCUUCUCAGUAAAGAACAAUUUUGUUGUGCUUUCGAAGUUGUCGAGGAGGAUGAGGAAAUAUGA